CGAGGUGCGGGCCAAACCAAACCUGGAACUGUGAUUUGUGGAGAGACUGUAUAUGUAACUGCUAAAGGUCCAAAACCGCUACCAACAAGCAAAACCUCUCCAUUUGACCAAGACUUGCAGAGCAUAUGGCUUCCAUGGAGAUGGAGAUCGACGGUUCUGGAAUUGUAUCUUCCAAUGAGAUCAAGCAGAGAGGCAAGAAAAACAUGGUGAGGAAGAAAAAGAACAGGAGCAAGGGGACGAGCACAAAAGAAACGUUUCAUUACCUGCCAAAGUUUCGGUGUUUCAGCUUGAAAUCUGAAACGGACGGGAAGGGGAAUUUUGAUAUGGAGGUUGAGGAUGAAGGGCGUGGGAAAAUGACGCCUACCCAUCUUAUUAUAAUGGUGAAUGGUCUUAUAGGCAGUGCUCAGAAUUGGAAAUAUGCAGCAAAACAGUUUCUCAAGAGAUACCCAGAAGAUGUUAUUGUUCACUGCAGUGAAUGCAAUUACUCAAUGCUGACAUUUGAUGGGGUUGAUGUAAUGGGGGAGAGAUUAGCAGAAGAGGUUAUUUCCGUCAUAAAACGCCACCCAAGUGUUCAAAAGAUCUCGUUUGUUGGUCAUUCAUUAGGCGGCCUUAUAGCAAGGUACGCCAUUGGCAGGCUCUACGAAAGAGACCUCACGAGGGAACAAUCUCAGGAAAAUGGAGAAUGUAGGAGUGACGGAGUUGAGGAUCCACUGCUGGAGCACAAAGUCAAAGGCAAAAUUGCUGGACUGGAGCCUGUGAAUUUUAUAACCUCUGCAACUCCACACCUCGGUACCAGGGGGCAUAAACAGGUUCCAGUGUUUUGUGGCUUUCAACCCCUGGAAAAAGUAGCAGCUCGUACCUCAUGGUGUCUAGGUAGAAGUGGAAGACAUCUGUUUUUAACUGAUAGGGAUAAAGGAAAACCUCCCCUUCUUAUUCAGAUGGUCAAUGAUACUGAAGAUCUUAAUUUCUUAUCUGCAUUGCAGUCCUUCAGGCGUCGUGUUGCCUAUGCAAAUGUUCUCUAUGACCACCUUGUCGGAUGGAGUACAUCAUCUCUACGGCGUAGGAAGGAGCUGCCAAAGCUUAAACAUUUAUCCAAAGAUGACAAAUAUCCACAUAUUGUGAAUGUGGAGACAAUAAAAACUGCCAGUACUCAAGAAGAAGUAUCUUUCGAAGCGAAAGCCAGUGGAUGCAAGCAUAUUGACUUGGAAGAGGAAAUGAUCAGAAGCUUGACCAAAAUGAGCUGGGAACGGGUUGAUGUGAGCUUCAAAGGAAGUAAGCAAAGAUACCUUGCGCACAGUACCAUUCAGGUGAAAACCUAUUAUCUGCAUUCUGAUGGGGCUGAUGUGAUCCAACACAUGGUUGACAACUUUGUUGUGUGACGUGCCAAUUUUGUUAUUACCUCAAAGCCAGUGACAUUGCAUUCCCUGCAUUAGUUUUCGCUCGGGAAAGAGAAGCGAUUGAGGUUCAGGGCCGAGCUUUGAGGGAGUGUUAUGAACAUUUCAGCCUCAUAUGACCUCACAAACUGAGAAAUUUAAUCCUUCAGAUAUGAAAGGACACUGACGGAGAGCAUAGCAUUAGCAUACAUAAAAUCCCGGUUCAACAUGCAUUUUUCUGGAAGAGAUAGAGAGGGAGAGAGAUAAUGCGGCCUUCCUAAGGCAGGUAGUGAGAUUACAAGCAAUUUUAUUCUGUUAAUGU